GUCUGGCCAACACGGUUCCAAGGAUUGUGCAGAGUCAGUGGAUUGAUCAUGGCCCCUGCAACAACAACCAAACUAAGCUACACACCACCAGAUGGAGGCUGGGGCUGGGCUGUCGUCUUUGGAGCUUUCAUCUCCAUAGGAUUCUCCUAUGCCUUUCCCAAGUCCCUCACCAUCUACUUUAAGGAGAUUCAGGAAUAUUUCUUUGUUUCCUACAGUGAGAUUGCCUGGCUGUCCUCAGUCAUGCUCGCUUCUAUGUAUGCAGGAGGACCUGUGAGCAGUUUACUUGUCAACCGUUAUGGCAGCAGACCUGUGGUCAUGGUCGGUGGGCUCAUGGUUAGCACUGGCAUGAUACUUGCUUCUUUUGGCAAGACUAUUAUACAUCUGUAUCUUUGCGUUGGAGUAAUUGGAGGUUUAGGCCUCGCCUUCAACCUACAGCCGGCCCUGACGAUCAUAGGUACCUACUUCCAGGUCAGAAGGCCGCUGGCUAACGGGCUCGCCAUGACAGGUAGUCCGGUUGUUCUGUUCACUCUGGCUCCUCUCAAUCAGUUUCUGUUUGAUUCUUUUGGCUGGAGAGGGAGCUUCCUCAUCCUGGGAUACAUUGUUUUGAACUGCUGUGUCGCUGGCGCUUUGAUGAGACCCGUCAACAAAAAGGCCCAAUCAAAGACUGAUCCAUCAGAAUGCAAUGGGACAGCUGCUGAGGAAGCUACUACAGGAGACAGCAGUGCACAGUCAGCUAACCUUCUGACUAAAGAAAACCAAGAGGAGGGCAGGAGUCAGGGCUGUGUGCACAAAAUCAUAGAUCCCGCACUUUUCAAACACCGGGGCUUCCUCAUUUAUCUCAUUGGUAAUGUGGUCAUGUUCUUUGGGUUUUUUGCGCCUGUGGUCUUUCUGGCUCCGUAUGCCAAACAUCAAGGGAUUGAUGAAUAUUCAGCAGCUUUCUUGCUCUCUAUUUUUGCUUUGGUGGAUAUGUUUAUCAGACCAGCCACUGGCUUUAUUGGCAACACCAAGUGGAUUCGGCCACGGAUCCAAUACUUUUUUAGUUUUGCAGUUUCAUACAAUGGUGUGUGCCACCUUAUAUGCCCAUUGUUACCUGGAUAUGUGGGUCUGGUUGUUUAUGCAGUCUUCUUUGGUUUGGCGUUUGGAAUGCUUUCUGCGCUGCUUUUUGAAGUUCUGAUGGACCUUGUUGGAGCUCAUCGCUUCUCCAGUGCAGUUGGACUUGUCACCAUUAUCGAGUGUGGACCGGUGCUUCUUGGACCUCCACUUUCAGGAGCUCUGGUUGAUAUUUUCGGGGACUACAAAUACAUGUACUAUGCGUGUGGAGUGUUUAUGCUGGUGCCUGGUAUAUUUUUCUUCAUCAUGCAUUACUUCAACUACAAGAAACUGGACGAGGAGCGGAGCCAGACUAUGGCUUUGGAGAUGAGGACUUGUGAGGAGGCAGUGCAACUUCAAAUGAGCCAGGAUGGUGAAACAGCAGAAACACAUGGAUGAACAUUCUGGCUAUGAUUUUUAGUCAAUGUAGACCAGCUACAUAGUCCUCCAACCCCACAGUCUUAAAUUAAUUAUUUCUGUUAGCGUUACCCCCUACUUCACUUCUCGAACAUGUACCCAAGUUUGGGAACCAAUGAUAUAGACAGAUGACACUGCAUAGGCUCUUUACAGCAGGACGUACAGUGGAUGUAUGUGUAUACAAUUAUUUUCUACUUUGGAUAAGAUUGUUUGAGUCUUUGACCCUUUUCUACGCAGAUCAAGAUUUAGUUUUUUAAUGGUUAUUUUAUAAAUGUUAUUAUUGCAUCAUGUGCCUACUGUGACUCUUAAGGCCCUGACACACCAACCCGAUAAUCGGCCGUCGGACAGUCUGGCGAGGUUUGUGACUUGAGUCUGUUUGGUUGUGUUCUGUGUACUUUAAUUUGCACUUUCUGUAUUUCUGUUGAACUGCAUCAGAUUGAGCACUCCCCACCUUGAUCAUGUUUUAGAGUCCUGCACUGAUGGGAAAAGCUGCUUUAUUUUUCCUAUAUCGGCCAAAUUUCCUUUCGGCCGACCUGACACGAUCGGUCGGAAGGCGGGCACUGCCGGCAGUUAGACUCAGGUGACCAAUCUUAUCGGUGGAGUGCUAACCCAGAAACGAGGAGCGGGAUGAUCUGAAAUGAAUAGAGAUUAAGCAACUGCAUAGCCUAUUUCUGUAUUCUAGUUCAUGGCCUAUUUUAGUAAAAUAUGAGACUGAAUUCUGAACAAGCCGCCAUGAGAAUCUGGCUUUAAAUUUCUGGACAAACCAGACCCACGUGAUGCAUUCAUCCAAUCAGCUGCCGUCGGUAGCCAGCAUCACUUCAGUGUGUUCUGAGGCACUUUUUUUGGCCAACUCGGGGAGGCCGUGAGUCCGACUGC